AAACUCAAGUGUCAAAUUCGAUGAACUAGACGGUAGAUACACUAUAUAAGGAGAUCAGGAAAUAGACUUUUGUACGAAUGCGCUUCCGAGAACAAUUAAGCUCCUUGUGAAAAUGUGAACCAACAUAUUGUGAAGUUGUACAUGAAGGAGUGAUAGUGUUUAUUUCUAUCCGUCUAAACAACGACGAUUUAGUAGAAAUAUGGAUUCAUCAAACAAAUCCGAGAUAAGGAUUUCAUUAACAUUGGCAAACGACCAUGAGACUGAUAGUUUGUGCAUGCCGUGUCUCCAGGAAGAAGGACAGAAAAAUAAAUCCGUUGUUUUCUGUUUGGAAUGUUCUGAGCGUCUGUGUAACAGCUGUAGACAACACCACCGAAAAUUAAAACUCACUAGCACUCAUCAUUUACUGGAUAUUGAAGAUGACAGCAAGACUCCAGCAAAUAGUUCUAUGACGGAAUCUUGUCCAGAACAUCCGGGUCGAUGCAUCGAGUACAUCUGUGAAGGUCACCAAUCACUUUGUUGUAAAACGUGCAAAGAUAUAAGUCAUCUCGGAUGCAAUAAUAUCAAAUAUAUCUUAGACGAGGUCGACCAGUUUGCUGAAAGUGGUGAAAUGGGUAAAGUAGAGAAGUCUCUAAAAGGUUUGCAGACAAAACUUACAGCCCAGUUUCAGACUAAGAAGAUACACUCUGCUAAUAUAUCAGAUCAAGUUUCUGAAACACUAAACAAGAUAAAGACCGAAACAACAAAUGCUAUAGAAAGAAUUAGUAAGCUUGCUGAAGAAGCCGACAAUACUGUAAAGAUGAAAAGUUCGGAUGUAAAAAACAAACUUCAAAACGAGAUAGAUACGAUUCAAAAUGUACUGGAAACAUUAAAUGACACACAGAAAGUACUAACUACAGUGAAACAAAAUGCUAGGCAGCCUCAAGUUUACAUAGCUUUUAAAAAGGCUGAACACCAGUUGGAUAAGUAUGCUUUAUAUGCAGAUGAAAUUGAAAGUAACAUGAAAGAGACAAAUGUUCACUUCAAAUUUGAUAAGACAUUUAUAUUGAUUAAAGAAAAUCUACACAGCGUUGGUGACGUACAAGUCGGCAAGAAUGAACGCUCAGAUAAGAAGUUACAAAGACAAAGUUCCGUGUUACUCCGAGUCGAUUCAAAUCAGCGAUACCAGAAAAGGUUGUCCUCUACACCAUCAAUAUCGAAACGAAAGAAGGCGAUUCCAGUGGGUGGUCAUUCCGUCCGGAUUCCAGGUGACAAAACCACGUGUCAUGUGACCGGCAGUGAAAUUCUUGAAGACGGCAGAAUUCUCCUGGCCGAUUAUCACAAUAAGAGUAUAAAACUUUUUAACAAGAAUUGCAGCUACAUCAGCCACAUAGUGCUCACAUCUAGACCUAACGACAUUGUGGUUACAGGAGAGAAAGAAGUUGCAACUUCCCUAAUUGAUGAGAGCGUCAUUCAGAUAAUAACGGUCAACACGACCCUAUCUUUGUGCAGACGCAUAGACACGGGUUUUCCUUAUCACGGUCUGGCCUAUUGUAGCGAAGGAAAACUAUACGGAUCCACUUCAGUGAAGGGUGGAACAGGAGAAAUACAUGUGCUAGAUAUUACUGGAAAGAUAUUAGAUUCUAUCAAACAUGUCACCGAGCAGGUCAACCUCGUUCGACCAUCAGCGAUCCGUAUAGACAGCAAGAAGCAUUUGCUGUAUAUCAAUGAUUUGGGAAGGAAUUGCGUGUACUGUAUGGACAUUUCAAAUGGAGAAUCACAUUAUAAAGAGGUGUUUACCUACACAGACAGAAAUUUAGAGCUUAGAAGUGGAAUUGCCAUAGACUCAGACGGCGAUGUUUACAUUUCUAGUGGAAACAUGACUGUUCAUCAAAUUUCUCCCGACGGGGUCAAAGUUCACGAAAUUCUGACUGCAGCCGACGGUUUGGGACUACCACAUUGUCUAGCGAUUUCAUCACAGGAUAACCACCUUCUAGUGUCAGAGUUCAAAGAGAAUAGCUUCAAAUUAUUUGCAUUAAGAUAAAAAUGGAAAAUGGAAAUUAAAGAUUUGACAGCUAAUUAAUCCUUUUGAAGCGGGGUGAAACAAGACAUAAAGGCGGUUUAUGGAAAAGAAACUGGAAAGUGUGUACGUUGCAUAAAACUGCAUCUGAAAUAUGAAUUUCCAGAUACAAUGUGAAGUAUUAAGACAUUGUAUAUAAAUUAUGCCAAAGCUAUGUAUAUAACUAAGGCUGGUGCGUUUGCGACUAGCACGGAUCCAGACCAGCCUGCGCAUCCGCGCAGUCUGAUCAGGAUACAUGCUGUUCGCUAUCAGUUUCUCUACUUGUAAUUGUUAGUAAGCGAACAGCAUGGAUCCUGAUCAGAUCCCGCAUCCGCGCAGUCUGAUCAGGAAACAUGCUGUUCGCUAUCAGUUUCUCUACUUGUAAUAGUUAGUAAGCGAACAGCAUGGAUCCUGAUCAGACUGCGCAGAUGCGCAGGCUGGUCUGGAUCCAUGCUGGUCGCAAACACAUUAUGUUGGUUUUGUCAUGGCACGGCUCAUAUUAUCGCAACGAGACAAACUUGGUUACGGAGACAAAAAUGACAUAAUUCCCACGGCGCGAAACGUUUUCGUUCAAACGGAAAUAUAAUAGAAGUGUACAUUACCUAUACAACUAUUAAGCUGGCAGAUUUUCUUUUAGAUUUCAAGUUGUACCAAUUUAUAUUGCCUGACUGGUAUUUAUAUCCCGUUUCGUCGAAAUGAUUAAAUGUAUUUGGAUAAACGCCAGUGCCCUUAAGGUUGAACAAAACACAAAAAAUACACCAAAAGAUAACUGAAAAUGUUUAUUUUAAUAACUUUACGCGCGGAAUUUAAUAUGUAAAAAUAAUUGUCGUAUUAGAUUUACUGUAAUUGAUCGAACCAUUAUAGAAUAUUGGAAAUGUAUUGUAUGUAUUGCAUUUAACAUUCAAAGUAAGGUAAUCAUCAAGGCUGAAUAUAAAUACAGCAAAUAACCGUCUUAUAUAUGGUGAUAUUAACCUGUUCAAAUGUUUAUAACCAAUUGAUUAUACAGCACAAUUCUAUUUUAAAGUAGGGGAUAUUAAUUCAUAAAUACCCGGUAGCCAUGUGUAUAAAUUAAACGUCAUGAUUAUCCAAAUUAAGUGAAAAUCAACAUAAUUAGCAUUCAGUAGUAUAAGAUAACUAAAUAAAACGAUAUAUGUAUCUGAUAGAUAUAUGUUACCAUAUAAAUGUAUUACAUUGUAUAAGUACAUGUUCAUGUAUAUACGUGAAAUAUUAAAAUAACAUACUGUAUAGGCUUUAAGUAAAACUACAAAUGACAUCUCAAUGAUAGGAUAUUAACACUUAAAGAAAAGGAAUUUAUAGUUCAUCCUUGUUUCAUAUGUAUGUGAAAACAUCAAUAAUAUGUGUUUAUAUUCUCAACCAAUGUCAGUGUGAAUUUUCUUAUACUUUUAUAUCUGGAAAAACCCGAAAUGAAACUGUUCGUUUCAUUUCGGGAUUUUCCAAAUAUUAUAUGUUAUUUUGGUUUUGGAGUGAUAUAUGUGGAUAUAUUACCUGGCAAGAUUUUAUAUCACCCAAGCCGUUACAUAUAUCACUCCAAAACCAAAAUAACAAUUUUAUUACCCUUUCCAUGCCGAGUCAGAUUUUAAAAUAAAUCAUUGCUUUUUCAAUUGAAACGUCGAGAUAAGAUUCCUUUCACCACAACAUGACAUCACAUAAAUACAUGACGUAUUUGCUUUCGUACCUAACGAAUGUAAACAAUAGAAAGGGGAUAGUCUGUCGAAGACACUUUUUUGUAAUUAAUAUCAAGCAUUGUCGAGGCCAUUUUUGUUUUCAAUACUGAUGAGAAUAUUCAUCAUUACUUUCUUUUGGUAAAUAUUUUUCAUUUGACAUUUAAAAAGUGCUUGUAUAUCGGAAUUUACACCGCGUAAAAUCGAACCGUACGCGCAUCGCCACAACGCAUGUUGUUUACAACGUGGGGUACCAAACGGGUAUAUUUAGUGUGUAUAUUACCCGUCAGGCUCGGUAAUAUCAAUUUCUUUCGACGGAUCUAUAUCCAAUCAAAAAGGUGGAAAAAAUCUGGAAGGGUAAUAAAGUAGUAUACGACGUGAAAUAAUCUUGUUAUUCAGGCACACCUGCUUUUAGAAAUGAGCAAUCAAAUUUCUGCUCCAUUUACCCGACCAUUGUUCAGAGUAUCAAUCGAUAAUCGAUGAUUAUAAAGCGGGCAAAAUUUAAGAGCAUGUGCCUAAAAUCAUUCUCCGGUGUUAGAUUUUUGACGUUUUGAAUAGCAGUAGAUCUAGCGUGUUUUUAUUUUUAACAAUACAAUUUUCUUAUAAAUAAAUGGUUUGGACAGAUUAAUCGAAAGAAAUUUAUGUAUCGCUUGGCUGGGCCAUUAUACGUACAUGUACAUGUAUAUUUCUUUAAGCUAGUUAACUAUUGGUCUAUAUUCGGUAUUUUUUAUUUUGGAAGAUUGACAAAAGAUAUUUAUAACAACUGAAGAAAGUAGGGCUGAACGUGCAGUGAUGUGUUGUAAAUGUAGCAAAAUGUAAACAAAGUACAUGUAGUAUUUUGACCUCCAUACAAAAUACUCAUUACUAAAAUUAUACAAAUUGCCAGCAGAACAAAAGUAUUAAAAAGGUUUAAGGUUUAUGCAUAUGGCAAACAAGUUUAUUUCAGAAACUGUAACCAAAUACCAAAAAUAAGAAAGUUUUUGACAAAUAAAAUUGAUAGUAUUCCUGAGGCAUAAAUUAUGCGCCUUUAAUGCCAAAUAAAGCCCCAGCAUACCUGUUUUAAAAUAUAUUCAUAAACAGGAUACACUACCAACUACUCAGGUACCCGUUCGUGCCUGAAAUAAUGCACGGAAGGGCACCUGAGGUCUUCCUCCUACAGUAAAGCUGGAACGUCGCGAUAUGACCUAUACUGUGUCGAUGUGACGUAAAACCCAAAAACAAACAAACAAACAAAAUACUACAAACCUGCUUAUUUAAUUUACAUUUUAUUGCAAUAUAAAACAACUGAUCGACAGCCCAAAACAGCUAUGUGUAACUUAUGUUAGUAUUUUUUUUCUAACUCGACUAAUUAUUUGUAUUUAUUUCAUGAAAUUACUAUUUUAUUGUCAUAAACUGUGGUUUAUUCAGUAUAUACUACUUUUGUUUAUUAUACUUAAAACUUUACAAUCCAUAAUAAAAUGCAUAUUUUAACACAAAUAAAACCCAUUUGUUCAGUUUAAAUUUACAUUUUUUAAGUAAUAAACAUUGAAGUUAAAAGCCCCUUUCCUUUUAUUUUGAAUCCAUAUAUCCAGAUAUGAAUAAGUAAUUAUGUACAUGUUCUUUUGUCCAAGUACAAUUUGAAUCUGUAAAUAAAUAAAAAGUUAUGGGUUAAGUUUUUUUGUCCCAGUGGUAUAAAAUAUCUGAAAAAUAUUUCUAGUCCAGUCAUGUGAAAAAACACAUUGGAGUCCCUUCAAUGUAAGAUCAAAUGCUUUUAUUUAGGAAAUAGAUAUCAAUUCUGAGUGCAUUGUUGAAUAAUAAUGCACGGUUAGAGUUCAAAUGCGUAGUAAUAUAAUCACGAAGGCCGAUAGGCCAGAGUGAUUAAUUACAAAGCAUUUGAACGAAAAACGUGAAUUAUUAUACAAUAAUGCACGAAGAAUUAAAUAUCUAUUUCCAUUCUAACACGUCAAGAAAAAAUAUAAUUAUUGUUAUAAAGUUGGACUUUAUGUUUGGUGGUUAAAUUUGUUAUCGCCUCAGAUUUUCCAAUAGAAACGUCCUUUAAAGGCCGUUCCAGUGGGUUGAAAAAAAACUGUCGUUAAAUCCACCGUGUGUAGGAACAUUUUGAGAAUAACGAAUUUUGAAAACGUUAAUAAAACUUUGUUUGUUUAUUUUAUUGCAGUCUAUAAUAUUUCAAGCGAAAUACAAAUUAUUAAAAGUGAAAUAAAUAUAAAACUUAACCCGUUUGCGACAUUAAAAUAGCGUACUUAAUUUGAUUGUUUUGCACGUGCUGUUUGGCGCUACAUUGUGACGUCACGUAAACAACACUUUAAACGUCUGUACAGCGUUAACGACUGGAUUAAAGAUAUUGGUGUUCGGAUUCAUUUUCUUAGUUAGACUAUUUUCCUUCAUUCUAGAUAGUUUUCACAACAAAAUUCGACAAAAAAUUGUUUUUAUUAUAUACUUAUAAAUGAAAUAUUGAAAAAUAUUGAUGAAAUAAAAUGCGUAUUUUCAUUUUCCGUAUUUUCACUGUAAAAAUAUAUUUUUCACUGCAGUGAAACAUAUUUUCCGUAUUUUCACUGGUGUCUUGCCGGACUACUUUCUUUUAAAUUCUGCCACUCACUGUACACAAAAUUUAAGGGAAAGUCUUUCCAAUUUUAAUGUCAAAAAAGAGAAAAAUGUAUAUAAUAAACAGAAAAUUCAAGUUUUUUCUAUAAAUACAUGAUUUAUUUUCAUCUUGUGGCAUGAAAAUUACCAUAUUUCACUUGUGGCUACCGCCACUCAUGAAAUAUUUAUUUUCAUACCACUCGAUGAAAAUAAAUCAUGUAUUUAUAGAAAAAACUUGAAUAUCCUCUAUUUAUUUAUCAGAUUUUUAAACUCAAUGUGAAAAUACACAGGGAGAUAAUUGUAGAAUAAUGCACGCUUCGGGACUUCUUUGUUUAUAUAGAAAAAAAUCCGAUAGUGUUAGAAUUGUAUGUAUUUGUAAAAAUAUGGGCCAUUAUUUUUAUAUUAGGCAUUGUGAACACAACCUGUAGCAGGUGAAUAUAUUUUUGGUAAGAAUUCAAAUAAAUGGUCUAUUAAAUAUUUUUGACAAUUAAGAUGCAGUUUUUUACUUAGGAAGUAGAUAUCAAUUCUGAGUGCAUUGUUGUAGAAUAAUGCACGGUUUGAGUUCAAAUGCGUAGUAAUAUAAUCACGAAGGCCGAUAGGCCUGAGUGAUUAAUUACAAAGCAUUUGAACGAAAAACGUGCAUUAUUAUACAAUAAUGCACGAAGAAUUGAUAUCUAUUUCCAUUCUAACACGUCAAGAAAAAAUAUAAUUAUUGUUAUAAAGUUGGACUUUAUGUUUGGUGGUUAAAUUUGUUUUCGCCUCAGAGUUUCCAAUAGAAACGUUCUUUAAAGGCUGUUCCAGUGGGUUGAAAAAACUGUCGUUAAAUCUACCGUGUGUAGAAACAUUUUGAGAAUAACGAAUUUUGAAAACGUUGGUAAAACUUUGUUUAUUUAUUUUAUUUCACUCCAUAAUGUUUCAAGCGAAAUACAAAUUAUUAAAAGUGAUAUAAUGUAAAACUUAACUCGUUUGCGACAUUAAAAUAGCAUACUUGACUUGAUUGUUUUGCACGUGCUGUUUGGCGCUACAUUGUGACGUCAAGUAAACAACACUUUAAACGUCUGUACAGCGUUAACGACUGAAUUAAAGCUAUUGGUGUUCGGAUUCAUUUUCUUAGUUAGACCAUUUUCUUUCAUUCUAGAUAGUUUUCACAACAAAAUUCGGCAAAAAAAUGUUUUUUAUUUAUCAGAUUUUCAAACAAAAUGGCGCCCUCAAUGUGAAAAUACACAGGGAGAUAAUAAGAACGGCGAG